AUGCUAGCGCUGUCGUCUGCUAAAUAUUGCAAUUACAGUAUAUUAAUUUUCUUAUUAUUGAUAACCCAUUUGUCGAGUACAUUGGAAGCGUUGCCAUUGCAGCAUAACAUUGAAAGAUUUGACAUAAAUGAAUUUGGAAUAUUUGAAGAUCACUCAUUUAUCCCAACGUUUAUUGAGCCACAACCGGAGCAAAAAAAGAUAAAAAACAGAGAUUCUACGUCAUAUUUUUUCACGCAACCGAUUGAUCAUAAUGACCAGAGUCAAGGUCAAUUCAACCAACGUUAUUUUGUUAAUUCAACUUUUUAUAAACCGGGCGGACCAGUUUUUCUUUACGUUGGUGGUGAAAGUGCAAUUAUGACAUCUACCGUGGAAUACAGUGAAGCAAGUGAACUUGCCGCAAGUCUAAAUGGUUUCUUAGUUAUAGCCGAGCAUAGAUACCACGGUGAAAGUCUUCCUAACAUUCCCAACAUGAAAUCCGAAAAUCUAAAAUUCCUAAACACCGAACAAGCAUUGCAAGACUUUGCAAAUUUUAUCAUCAAUGCUCCAUCUUCAUCGUCGUCACCACUAAAUGUAAUCUCUAAAGACUCAAAAUGGAUUUCAAUUGGCGGUUCAUAUGGCGGCAACUUAGCAGCAUGGCUUCGUGAAAAAUUUCCAAACCUCAUAUUUGCAGCUUACGCCUCCUCAGCACCCGUAAAAGCCGAAUUAAACUUUUUCCAAUACGACCAAGCAAUCGCUAAUAGACUCCCAUGCCGAGACCUUGUCGGCGAAUCUAUUGAGUAUAUCGAUUCCAUAUUGACUUCGGGAAAUCGAAGCGCAAUUGACGACUUAAAGAAACAAUUCGGAUUGGAUGCGAUCCAAGAUGACAAAGAUUUUGCUUCGGCUUUGAACGAUCCAUUUAUUCCAAUGGUGCAAUAUUACUUCCCGCCUACUUCGUCUAGCGAACAAGAUUCGAUUAAAAUGUUUUGCGAUGCGUUUACUAAUUCACCUGAUCAAUCGCCGAAAGGAUUGACUGCUGUUUAUGCUAAUGGGAUGAAAUAUUUCCUGCAGAUACAGGGAUACACAAAUACAGAUAAGAUUCUUAAAGUCUAUGCUACAAACAAAUUAUCUACCGAUCUAGGUGAAAAUCAGGAUGAAACUGCCUGGAUGUGGCAGUAUUGUAAUGAAUUUGGAUAUUAUCAAACAGCACCUCAACCACCUUCUCUCCGUCUACGUUCAAUACUAAUUGAUGCCGAUUAUUAUCAAAGCCGAUGUAAUUUUCUCUGGCCCGACAUUCCAAACUCACCUGACGUCGAUCGUAUAAACAACGCUUACGGCUCAACCAACGCAAUAAUCUCUCGUGUAAUAUACGUGAAUGGUGAUGGUGAUCCAUGGUUCCCGUUAACAGUCAGUAGCAAUGAUGCCAACCGAAAAAGCACUCCAAACACACCAAUUUUGGUAGUUAAAGGUGGUGCACAUGUCACUGAUCUGAGACCUCCCACUUCCGUUGAUUGGGACUCCUUAAAACAAGCGAGAUCAGACGCGAGGAAUUAUUUGAAGACUUGGUUGAAUAUAAAUUGA